AUGGAGGAAGUUAGAGUAGACAGGCCUCUGAACCCAAUCAAGGACAUCCUUAUAUUUGAAAAGCAGCUCAAGAAUAAAUACAUCCAUGAGACAAAGAGAAGAUUUACAUAUUUUGUUAUGUUGAUGAUUAUGGUGUGUGCAUACACACUAUACAUUAACAGACAGAUGUAUAAUAUUCUGUGGGAUCUGUAUAGUAAGGACUCCAUCUAUUUAACAGAUCUUAUAUUCAGAGUGUAUUUGAGGAUACUUGGUGCCAUUUUACUGCUCGGGUAUGUCUAUGUGCGUCUUCUUAGAAGAUCCUCCAAAGUGACAAACUCGCUCACUGAGCAGCUGAAGCUGCUAAACAUAUUCUUUCAUAACCAAAAGCUAAGUCUGUGCUCAAUAAAAACCCCGCGGAAUAUUAAAAUAGCAAUCAAUGUAUUUAGAAGCGAGGAACAGAAGAAGAAGGCGCUAUGA